CUUCCAGGCUCCUCCUUCCUUCCCACCCCUUUAAUAGGCCCUCAGUGGGCUCACCCCACUCUGGCACUCACUCUGCACUUCCACCAUGGCUUACAUUGCUAAGUCCUUCUACGACCUUAGUGCUAUCAGCCUGGAUGGGGAGAAGAUAGAUUUCAAUACAUUCCGAGGCAGGGCGGUGCUGAUUGAGAAUGUGGCCUCGCUCUGAGGCACAACUACCCGGGACUUCACCCAGCUCAACGAGCUGCAGUGCCGCUUUCCCAGGCGCCUGGUGGUUCUCGGCUUCCCGUGCAACCAAUUUGGACAUCAGGAGAACUGUCAGAAUGAGGAGAUCCUGAACAGUCUCAAGUAUGUCCGCCCUGGGGGUGGAUUCCAGCCCACCUUUACCCUUGUCCAAAAGUGUGAAGUGAAUGGUCAGAACCAGCAUCCUGUCUUCGCCUACCUGAAGGACAAGCUCCCCUACCCUUAUGAUGACCCACUUUCCCUUAUGACCGAUCCCAAGUUCAUCAUUUGGAGCCCGGUGUGCCGCUCAGAUGUGUCCUGGAACUUUGAGAAGUUCCUUAUUGGGCCAGAGGGGGAGCCCUUCCGACGCUACAGCCGCACCUUCCCCACCAUCAACAUUGAGCCUGACAUCAAGCGCCUCCUCAAAGUUGCCAUAUAGGCACAAGCUGCUCAGCACACAGAUCUACUCCAUCCAUCCCUUGAGCAUCUUUCCUUAGGAUUUGGUGUGCCCUCAGGAGACACGGCUGACCUAAGCUGUCCCUUGGAAUCAGUCUCCUUCAUUGAAGAGCCUUGCCUCUCCAGUCUGCCUGUUUCCUUUCCAUCCCCAAACCUUCAGGUUGGUGAUUCAACUCCAGGCUCCAAGACUUCGGUAGGCUCUGGGCCUUCACAGAAUGAUGGCACCUUCCUAAACCUGUAUGGACGGUGUCUGAAAAGCGUGAAGGGCCCCGAGUCAGCCUACCAGAUGGGUCCAAUAAAGGGCAGGUGUGGAAAUGGCCA